AUGGUGGCGUGCUAUAAGGGGUUUUUGGACAUUGUGCAAUCUCUUUACCACUGUCCCUACCUGGACAUAAAUCACCAGGACAACGAUGGCAACACAGCACUGAUGAUCGCUGCACAAGCAGGUCACACCAUUACAGUGACCUACAUCCUAAACUACUACCCCGGGGCAGACACAGAGAUCCGUGAUUGCCGUGGCUUCACCGCACUCAUUAAAGCUGCCAUGCAGGGCCGAGAUGAUGUGGUGUGUUCCCUCGUCAUGGCCGGUGCAGACCUAAAUGCAAUAGACACCAGGAAGCAGAAGUGUGUGCGGGACUGGGCACUAAAGACGGGCCGCUACGAGACCUUGAGCCGCCUCCGCCGCCUCAACCUGCGGCCUAGAGCCGAGCAGUUUACUGAGAGUUACGUCCCCGAGUGGCCAGAACUGAAAGUGCUGGUGGCCAAAGCCACAGCCAACAAGAGCGCCGCCCAGAUGAUCACCCAGCGCAUCAGGUCCACCUUCAGCUUCAACUUUCCCCAAGACCCCCAGAACAACGGGGUCUUGGACAAUAUGGUGCGUAUCAUCACCAGCAUCCACAGCCCUUUGGUGGCCACCGCCUGCCGGCCGCUAUGCCCCACCAGCCCCCCUGAGGUGGGGAAGAGGCGCUUGGCCGUGCCUGAGCUGAUGAAGAAGCACUCAGAGAAGAAGCUGGAGGAGAGCUCUGUGUGUCACAGCAACGGCUCCGUCUCCUCCAUCAUUCCCCACAUCCACUCGGCCGAGACCAUCGCCACGUCCUGCUGUGUGGACACAGAGCGCAGGGGCAGCAUUAUCUCUAUAGCCUCCACCGGGGUGCGCGCCUUCAUGCCCAGGAACAUGGCCCACAGGAACAGUGUGUUCCCUUCCGGCUGCAUCCCCAAGAUCCAGAUAGUGAAAUCUGGAGAGCCCACGCCUAAGAAGGAAAAAAAGAAGAAGGGGCACAAGGGUCACCUGGAGCUGCCCAUAUGGAAGUACAAAGCAGAGAAGCAAGAGAAGAAGGAGAAGAAGAAGGCAGAGAAAGAAAAAGAGAAGGCCAAGAAGGAAAAGGAAAGGAAAAAGAAAAGAGAGAAGUAG